AUGCCUUGGGCCGAAUCCCCUGGCCCAUUGGAUACAACCUCGUCCGAAUUAGCACCACAACAGAGGCCGACACUCCGGGAGUUUCGCGAAGCGCGACUUGGCCGACCUUGGGCCAACGGCUUACGGGGCAGACGGGCCUUCGAGGCCCAGGUAGACGCUCAGGCGGAAGCCCAGCCCGAGGCCCAGGUUAACACCAUCUUUGGUCUUGAGGUCGGCGGCCAGCCUCUAGCCCAGCGAGAGGCGGAAUUACGGGAUGCGGAGCAACGCUUCUGGCCUACCGAUGUCGGACGGCACGCGCGAGCCCGAUUUGGUAUGGCGUAUCAGCGCCACCGAGGAUACGACUUUCGGUCGCCUCAGCGCACCCCGGGAGCUACAGACGACCUGGGCAGGACAGGCGGGUCUGUCCUACCUCCAAGCGCUCGAUCUUCUUCCCCACGGUACAACUCGCGACUUCUGCGAAGCUCGCGGGAGCGGCGAAGCGCCAUAGCCCGCAACGUGUUCGGCCUAGAUGGUCUCGGCGACCGCGAGCGCAGCCUCAGCCCAGAGGUAUGGGAUACGCUCCUUACGACCCUGACUCCCGACCCCCAGCCGCCCAGCGCCGGCUCCUCCUUUGCCUCAGUUGCCGCUUCGCAGAGCCAAAGCGCUGGGCCGUCGUCGAGCACUCCUACCUCGGCCCCUGAUAUUGUCGAUGGACCCGCAGUGGAUGCUCAGUGCGACUCUGACUGCGGCCACUCUGACGCGGAUAUGGACGAGGACGAGGAGAACAAUCAUGUCGCGAGCAUGCGCCUACAGUUGCUACGGGCACGGAAUGAGCCACGACAGACAAACCCGUACAGCCUUGACAGCAUCGUGAACGGGUCUGGAGGUCAUCUGGAAGCUGAGCAGCCUCAGAGAAGCAGCAGCAGCAACAAUAACGGCUUGGGCGUACCGCUUGGAGAUCUGUUCAUGAACAACUCUGACGACGUGCCUCGCCCCCCGGCCAGCAUCGCCAGAAUUCUACGCCAGCGCGAGCAAAUGGCACAACCUUACCAGUCGCGAGGUCAGCCGGUUCAGCAUGAUGGCCCCGAGCGCGCGUUGAUGGUGGACGGCGUGCGGCCUGAAGGAGAAGAGUCGCCGAUGCCACGCCAAGGCAAUGGGGCGUCGGGUGCGACGUCGGGGGCCACAUCGGGUGGCGAAGAAGACUGGUCGGGCAUGCAGCGUAUCGUGCGCAGCCUCGCCCGACGUGAGGACAUCCCAGACGAGUGGUGGGCCCAGGUCGGGCUCAGCCGGACUCUGCCCCAAGACGAGACGACAAAUGAGUAG